AUGAAAUCCAAAAAUAUAAACAACGAUAGUUCAAGCGAGGAUGAUGCUAAGGUCUAUGAGACUCUAACAAAACUACCUCCAGCCAAUGACUUGAUGCCACGGAAAUUGACAAUUGAUAUUGAUGUGAAAUCCUUGUUUCCUUUAAAACCUUUGCCUUAAUUCAAUCAGUUUUAUUCCACAUUCAUUGAAGAAACAUAGACGACGCAACAAUCUGUAGAAACGGUGCAGCAGGAGGAAAGAACAUUGCUUGAAUAUUUCGAUGAGAAUAAAUAACACUUAAUUUACAAACGAUUUGAUCAACUUGAUCUAUCCAAACGGAGUCCAAAUGAUAGAACUUAUUUUUCAACUCUAUUUGCUAAUUUCAAGAAAUCAUAUCCAUAAGUAUAUUUUCGAGGAGAUCCACUAUUUGAUUAGAAGCUCAUUCCAUGUCAAACCGAUUAAUUGAAGUUUGAUUCAAAUUUCGAAUCUGGAAAUUUGUUUUGUGCCUUCAAAAGAGCUGAAGAUGUCUAUGAUCUAAUACUUCAGAACGACAUCAAUACUCGAGGCAAUACACAAUGGUUUUUUUUUAGUGUAACUGGAGCCAGAGCUGGCCAAACAGUUUAAUUUAAUUUACUCAAUCAUCUCAAAAGCAGCAGUUUAUUUAACGAAGGAUUGCAACCGGCCAUCUAUUCAAUCAAAGAGAACGAAAUCAAUAAGAAUGAAUGGACUCGAGGUGGAUUCAACAUCAGUUAUUUCAAGAGUCCCUUUAUUAAAGAAUACCCGUAAGCCAUGAGAGCCAAAUAUUACUAAUUGCGAUUCAGUUACACCUUCAAACACAAUAAUGAUAAGGUUUAUUUUGCCCAUUCCUAUCCCUAUACAUACACUAACCUCUUAGAAUUUUUGAAUUCAAUUCUUGAUAACCCUGAUAAGAAUCAAUAUAUGUCCAGGAAAUCAUUGUGUACAACCCUGGGAGGGAACACAUGCGAAGUACUGACAAUAACAUCCAACUCAAUUUAACGUAGAGCAUAUAGAAAGGGAGUAGUCUUUUUGGCCAGACAACACCCAGGAGAACCGCAGGGAUCGUAUGUAAUGUAGGGGAUUAUAGAGUACUUGACUUCGAAUAACCCUUAAGCAGAAUAUUUGAGAUAGAAUUGCAUCUUUAAAAUAUUUCCCAUGAUGAAUAGCGAUGGAGUUGUAAAUGGAAAUUACAGAUGUGGUUUGGAAGGUGGCGAUUUGAAUAGAAGAUGGAAAAAACCUAAUAAGUAUUUGCACCCAACUGUUUAUUAUGCCAAGAAAUACAUUAAAGGAUUUAGUAAGGAAAGGCAAAUCAUUUUAGUGAUUGAUUUACAUGGUCAUUCAAGAAAGCAAUCAUCAUUUGUCUAUGGAUGUGCUUAUUCCUCUUAAGUCAAGACUAUAGAGAGGGUCUUCGCCUUACUUAUGGCUAAAAUGAAUCCUUUCAUGGAUUAUUCAUCUUGCACUUUUAAGGUUGAGAGUUCAAAGGAUAAGACUGCAAGAAUUCAGAUCUGGAGAGAAUUGAAAAUCAAUUGGGUAUACACAUAUGAAUGCAGUUUCUUUGGGCAACAGAAGAAACAUUUCUAAAUCAAAGAUUAUAUCAACUGUGGAGUAAGCAUCUGUAACUCCUUAUCUUAAAUUGUAAAAGACACAUCCAAAGAAUUCACAAAUUAAGCCAAUAUUCCAGAUAUUUAGUAAUAAAUCCUAGAGGAAUUAGGAAAGAUGCCUUAAACUGAUGAUCAAGAUCAAGGGUCGGAUAAUAGUUAAUCAGAUGCAGAAUUGUCCGAUGAUGAAAUUGUACAAUUGUUUUAACCUAAAACUUAUUCUUUGAAAUAGAAGAACUUUCUUAAAUAACUAGAUACAAAAAAGAAACAGAUCACUACUAAACAAACAUUAGUUACUCAAAAAAACAGUAUAUUAUAGGAAUCACCAUCCAAAAACUAAUAAUAACAUUAGGAUAAUAAACUUCCUAUUAACAGUCUAAAACCUAAAAAUGUUACAUAAAGGAUUCCAUUACACGUUAAAUUACGAUAAAUUGAACCAGUUAGAGAAUAGUAAUAGUAGCCAACCAAGGUUGAUAAAAGUUGCCAAACUGAUGAUUGGAUGUAUAGAUAAUGGUUGAUUCAAAUUGGAAAACAGAAAAAAAAAGAAGAAUAUCAAAGCUAAACGCCUACAAGAAACAUCUAAAAGUCUUCAUCACAAUCAGCCACUAGGUUCAUUGUUAAAAAUACAUCUAAACCUGAUCGAGGACGAAUUGAUUCUAUUUCUUUAGUUAAUUCUGGAAUAUAAAAAACUUCAUUUAGUUAACAAAGAUAGAUUAUGAGAUAUUCAGGAAGCAACUUUAUGUACUGA